CGUGACACCGUGGGAUUCCGCGAAAUUGUUUCUUGGAGUUAGAGAUGUGCUGCUCGCAGUGAAAUAGGACAAGUUGACGCAUGUGUGGCAGUGCACUGUAAGGUGGGAUAAACAAAGACACAAAAGCUCAGUGAAAAAGCGCCGUGUUUUAUUGACCUGGCGUAAGAAAAAAAAUAAAGAUUACAGAGGAAGAAGGUUAGAGGAGGAACCGGGAGCGAUUCAAAGUGCUAUCUUGUCCGUGGGGCUUUUUAUUUCUCCACCCUGCAACCUGAAAAAAGAAAACGCAGCCUUUGCGGAAUCGUCACAUUGAAGACGACACGUGUGGAUGGUGAACCACAAGUUUCCUGUGAGGACUGCAGGCUGAUUGCCUCCGAACUAUCCAUUUGAUCGGAUUAUUUCUUAAGUAAAGGGCUGCUGUAGAUCAAUUUUCUCUUUCCUUUAUCCGGAUCUGCUGAAGUGAUGUCGGAGGUCGAGCUCUCUGCCGACUGUGUCCCCUGCAGACCACCGGGUCGGACAGAGGACAUGUUGAAAGAGACCCCCGAGAACAGGACUUUACUGAUGGUGGCUAUGAUUUUACUGGACUUGAACAAAUGCAGCCCUAACACCGGAGGAGGCAGCAGAAGUCUCGGGGGCAGCGAUGCCGGCUCGGGGGAGAAGGUGGAGCGGGGGAGUUGCCGGUUGACCGCCGUGGACAGCCCAAGCCGGGGCUCGGCGGCACCCAAACAGUCCCGGAGUAAGAGGGCGGCGGCGGUGGUCUCUAGACAGGAGUGUCCCGAGAAGAGACACUGUUGUCCCUUUUCAGGCUGUGGGAAGAUGUAUGGCAAGUCAUCCCACCUCAAAGCCCACCUUAGGGUGCACACCGGUGAGCGGCCCUUCGAGUGUACCUGGCCAGACUGUGGCAAGAAGUUCUCCCGCUCGGACGAGCUGACGCGCCACUACCGCACACACACGGGUGAGAAGCGCUUCAAUUGUCCGCUGUGUGACAAGUGCUUCAUGAGGAGUGACCACCUGACCAAACAUGCCCGACGACACGCAGGCUUUCAUCCCAGCAUGCUACAGGGAUGCGGCACGGCCAAGAGACGCCGCUGCUCUGUAUCCGUGUCCUCGUCUGACUCCGGAGACCAAAGCCCUGCUGGGCUGUGAGAAACGCCCUCAUACUGUACAUAUACAACACAAAGGAACAUGCAUUAGAAACAGAGUCAUGCACAAACAUAGGCACGCCCACAUGUGCCUGUGUGUGCACCCUUUACAUAAAUCCUGUCAAGACACACAUCAGCUAGACCACUAUUUAAAAAGUUUGUUUAUGUAAGAGGAUGCAAAGGCAAAGGGAUAAAUUCAUGAGAACCUGCCUGUAAUUGAACUGAAGCGUUCCCCUCUCAUUGCACGAGGUGAUUGGUAUAAAUGAACGAGUGUUCGGGAUCUGUCUCGCAGGUUCUAGUUGCUUUGCCCUUUUGUACAACUUGACUGUUUGCUGUGUAUUUUGUUGUACCCGGAUCAUCCUGAAUUGAAAAAAGGCAUUAGUGUACAUAUCUAGUUUUCAUAAACGCUACAUGUGCUCACUUUGCAGCACACACUACUUCAUUUGCAAUAUAAGAACAGGGAAUAAUGCUUAGGGGAAUAUUAUUGUUGCACACAUACAUUUAUACUUGUAUAGUUACUCUCCGGUCAAGGACAAGGUGAAUGUACAGUAUAGCAACAGAAUGAUCAUGUCAAUAGAUUAAACAGAUGGAUGAUAUACUCAGUAUACUGUAGUUAAAUGUUAUAGUACUAAGAUGAAGCUAUUAUGUAGAGAAAAAACAGAAUGUCAUAUGCUUGGCUAUGGACUUAAUAAGUCAGGUAUAUUGUGAGCUUAUAGGUCUAGGCAGCGUGUUAACCUUAAUGUUGUCACAUCAUGAUACACUUGCUAAUAUUUGCACCUCAAUACCCUUACAAUACUUUGGGAAGACCACAUGACACACAUGUGCAGCAAACACAACAGGGUAAAACACAUUCAAAGUCAAGUUCAACACUUUGCUUCUUCACUUGAAGUCAAAACCUUUUUUUUUAGGGGUUAGAAACAUCCUAAUUCAUGUUAAGACAAAGUCUGUUAACGGUAAACAUGUGUCUGUGCCUUCAAGGGUUUUGUACCAGAGAUGAAUUUCUACAUUUUCAAACUGUGGAUAAUCUACCUAAAUGAACAUCGUCCGAUUUUUUUCUUUUUUCUUUUUUUGCUGAAUAGCAACGACUGUCUCGUAUGCCAACAGUGCCGGCUGCUGCACAUGGAAACAAAACUUUUGUUUACUCUCAAUCUGGACUGCAUCAUUUCAGGGAAUAAUGUGGUGCAUCGUCAUUUCAAGCUAAAUCACACCCCCUGGUGGUGACAUGGAAGCACAACAUAUCUCACAAUGGAAGUUCAUAUCAACCUUUUUGAAUUCUGUUCGUUUGAGACAUACUCUGUUGAUAACUUUGUUUGUGAAUCAGUGAACUUCAUCACGCAGCAUGUUUGUAUGUCUCUGUUUGGUGCAAUGUUUUUUAAUUGCCUAGUAGUCUUUUAUAAUAAUAAUAAUAAUAAUGGGAUAAGAGGUCUUACAACUAGAUCCACUACAGAAGCCAGAAACAUUGUUUAUAUCAUAAAUGGUCUUUUAUACAUGCCGCAUAAGACUGUAAAUUGAGGUGUUUCUCCCAUAGGACACAAACUACAAACAUUUGUUUUGGUUUUUUUUUGUUGGGGGGGGGCAUUUAGACAUUUGUGAUUUGAUGUUGGUGCCUUUCAGGCUAAAGCCGUUACUUCUGAAGCUACUGUUCCAUAAUCAGGGACUGCCCAUGCAGACCCAAUUCAUCCCUGUAUACAACUGACUGUGUAAUAAUUACUGCUAAACAAUUUUAAAAUUAAAAUAUUUGUUUUCUAAA